AAGAUCAAGAUCAAGAAAGAUCAGAAAAUUUGUAAACAGCGAUAGGAAGCUGAAGAAACUACCAGGCUUAUUUAACCUUGCACGACUUCACCAGGGUUCAUAGGGAUCAUUGGAUCUUCGUGCCCCUAACAACAACAAUCUUCCUGAGUCGCCUCCAAAGGAAAAAUAUCAUAAGAUUUUAUCUUCAAAGACUGGCAGAUUAAAAUGAGUGUAACACUGCACACUGAUGUUGGAGAUAUCAAGAUUGAGCUGUUCUGUGAGCAGUGCCCAAAAACCUGUGAAAACUUCCUAGCUUUGUGUGCCUCUGGAUACUACAAUGGGAAUCUCUUCCACAGAAAUAUUAAGGGCUUUAUGAUACAAACUGGAGAUCCAACUGGAACUGGUAAAGGAGGACAGUCCAUAUGGGGAAAAAAGUUUGAAGAUGAAGUUAGAGAUGACUUGAAGCACUCAACCAGAGGUACAGUGUCCAUGGCCAAUAGUGGACCAAACUCUAAUGGUUCACAGUUCUUCAUUUCCUACUGCCCCCAACCACACCUAGAUCUCAAGUAUACUGUGUUUGCAAAAGUUAUUGAUGGUUUGGAUGUUGUUGAUGAACUUGAGAAGCUUCCAGUCAACCCAAAAAAUUUUAGACCAACCAGUGAGACCAGAAUAAAUUCUGUAACUAUUCAUGCCAAUCCAAUAGCUGGGUGAUUACUGGAAUGCUUUGUUUGUAAAAUAAAUAAGAAUGAAGAAAGUGUUAAA